CGAGGGUGUACUGCCCGCCCAUCCCUUACACUGCCCUAUUCCCUCCUUCCUUUACUAGUUUUUUCCCUUCUUCCCUUCCUCCCCUUCUCCUCCCCACUUCCGCAGCUCUGGUGCCCAUCCCCUGUGCCUCUCGGGCUGCGGAGCUCUGUCCGCCGCCGCCGGGAGGAUUCUGUACUGAUGAGCCUCGCUUCCUCUGUAUCUCUAUGAUGCAGCAGGAUCCAGACUUUCUCAGGACACAUUUGAUGAGUGCCAUGGGGAAGAAGCUGCUGUUGCCACUGCCGCUCUGUACUCUCUCAGAUAUAAACAGGUUACCCAGCUGGGAGAGAAGACGUUUGCUGCCUGGGGUGGCGUCUAGCACUGAUGCAUCUACCUUCUCUGAAGGUGAAUGCAAGGAGCCUGACAGGUAUUGCUGGAAACACAAACAGUGUACCGGGCAUAUCAUCCACCCCUUCUCUGACUGUGGCCACCACAACCUGCACCUACACACUGUCACCCACUGUGACUGUGAUUCCAGGGGUUGUGGUGGUCCAGGAGCCACAUGUGGUCAGAGUCCUGUGUGUAGCAGGCUAAAGGACUGCUCAGAGAAGGCAAACAGCAGCAGCUCUUGGGAUUCGAACUCAACCUGCUCCCAACAUGUGGGCUCAACCUGCUUCAUUCAAAGCCCAUGCUUUCCACUCAUCCCAGAGGAAGAGUGUGUGGAGCGGUUCUGGUAUGGCUGGUGCAAAAGCUACAGGCCUAUCUCCGUGGCAGUGAUCCACCAUCCUAUCCACCAUGAAUGUGGGACAGAUGACCUAAAUGAGGAAGAGGAGGAGGAAGAGGAGGAGGAGGAGGAGGAGGAAGAAAGCAAGCCUUCCAUCCCAACCCAGGUGGGACCUGUUAUGCCCACUGACCCAGGCACGGGCACAGUUCCUGGAGCCCCUGACUCAGCAGCACCCAUCACCAUCUGGCGCUCUGAGAGCCCCACAGGGAAGAGCCAGGGUAACAAAGUAAUCAAGAAAAUAAAGAAAAAGGAAAAUGAGAAAGACAAAGAGGAGGAAAUGACAGAUGAGAAGGCAAAACUGAAGAAAAAAAACAAGAAAGGGAAGUUGACGAAGAAGAAAAGUCCAGUGAAAUCAGAGUCUUCACCUGCAGAUUUGAGCCAAUCAUUAAGCCCAAGAGAGUUGGUCCAGAUGUCAGAGUCCAGCUCAGAAAGCCGAGCAGGACUGGAGAGUGAUGACAGUUACCAUAACAGGAAGAAAGAGCACUCCAGUGAGGAUAUCAUGGAGUCAACAUCACCCAGAAAAAAAGAGAAGGGCACCACCCAGGCCAAAAAGAAUGGGACAAAGACCUCACAAACCAGGAAGGUGACCAAGAGGAAAUCUCCUCCAGUGUCCAACCCCAAUCUCAGUUGAGGGCAGGGUGAAGAAUAAAUGGCACCAAGCCUGUAGCUGACCUCCUACUGCUGUUCUUCCAACAAAUCUACUUCUUGGGGGAGGCAAUGGGCUCUGGGCAUACUGGAACCAAGGGCCAGGGACUGCAGGGGCUAAGGCAGUGCAGCUCCCAAGGAAAUCCAUGGAAUAGGAGGGAACAAAGGGUACAGAUGUUUCUUUGUAACAUUCUAGGACCAAGUUAGAAGAGUACCUCCAGGGUUGGGGCAGAAGGGUGGGCUUCCUACCCCUGGGACUGGUAUGUGUGAAAUCUACUUCUGGGAUAGGGCAGCACUAUGUAGCAAUACCACCAAUAAACUGGACCUUUUUACCCUCCAUGCCACUGUGACUGGCCUUUCCCUCCUUAUGUGGCCUUAGGGAAGGUGCUUAUGGCACCACAGGGACGUGACCUUCCUGUCUGGUGUGGUCCUGUUCCUGUUAGAUCCUUGUAGAACUUUUGUGCCUGACAACUGAGUUCUCAGCAGCAGGGCAGCCCCUUUCUUUGGCUCUUGCCAACACACAGCCAAAGAGGUUCUGACUAAAGAGCAAGGGGAGGAAGCUCACCAAGUGUGGCAGCAUUGGCCUUUCCUGACCCCUUUGCUUUGCCCCAAGUAGAGAAAAAGGAAGGGAGAAGCCUCAUGUCCCAGCACUGACUCACAAAGCUGUGUAAUGAAGCCCUUGUGAGAAAACUAAGUGAUUAGGAUUCAGAACAAAAAUACAGUAGGGUUGGGUGGCAAGGGGGGACUGGAGCCAGGGAGCUGGCUGGGCCUAAGCCAGGAAGGAGGGUAGGGGUGGGAAGUGGCUUCCCCUACAACAACUCAGAUCCUCUUCCUUGGGCCUCUUUUUGUGGGAGCACAGUGUGCAUGUGUGUGUGGCAGAAACCCUGACUCGCUUAGAAGUCAGAUACCAAGGAACAGCUGGGCAAAGGGAAGAGAGGGUGGUACAAGGGCUCAAGUUGAGGGGCUCUAGAUUUAUUUUGGGCAGUUCUUUCUGUACUACACAGGGAUGACCAGUGGCACAGUGAACAGGGAGCUGCAUGCACGUGAUUAAAAGUAGCUCAUAUUUAUGAAGCAGCAUGUACUGUGCUAAGCAUUUCACACUUGGCAGGUCCUCACAGCAGGCUGAUAAUGCAGGUAUCACAUCUCCCUUUUAAUUUUAGUGCAUGUGCUGCCCAUGUGAGCACACCAUCUCCCUUUCAGAUAGGAAAGCCAGCUUAACACAACAAAAGCUGGCACACAAGGCUCAGAAGAAGCAGGGCAGGAUGGUGACCUCAGGAAGUCUGAAGCAGAAGCUGCCUGCUCUUCUCUGAAUCCUCACCUCUCUGAAGAUCAGGAGAGGGACUGUGGGGA